UUGCACCCGUGCUCCCUACAUCCCGUCCCGCCCCGCCACCUCCCCCCUCUGCAGCACGCCAGGCCUGUCAGACAAACUGACGUUACGGCAGCCCGACUGGCCCCGUUUCGGGAAUGACUGGCAAAGUCGCACUGUCCGGGUACUGUAUAAACGAAGCGCGGCAACAGAAAGGAAGUUCAUCCUGUGGAGUGGAGACCACUCUCACACCACACAGCGAGCGAGCACACACCUACGAACAAAUUCGCCUGGUUGAGUAGAGAUUCUUGAUUCGACCUCACCAGGAAGUUCGCAUACUGUACCAGUCUUUUCAGGACAGAUUUCGGAUCUCUUUUUUAAUUUAUUUUGGCGAUUCCGUAGUAGUUCUGCACAACGGAGAUAGCCAUUGCUAGGAACGGGUAGCUGAAAGGCAUGAGGAUAAUUAGGGCUUGAAAACGUCGGAUUGCCGACCAACGGCAGAUUAUGCUGAAGCCAGAGUUACCUCCAGAUUCACCUCCCGCGGCAUCAGCGCCAGGAACGUCGACGGGUGCGACGGGUGCGACGGGGGUGGAGGUGCUACCGCUCACCCUUGCGAUAGCCUCACUUGUGGUCGUUGUAACUCUCGUCGUUUUUAUCACUCUCGCCUUACGUCAUCCAGCCCUUCUCUACGCGUUGACUCAGUUUGGUUGCCCUCACUAUAACGCGAAUCACUCCUCUCAAGAGCCUGCACGGAAUGUGACUGUGUCGGUGCUGGUCCCUACCCCCUCGGGGCUGCACCCCGCGCGGCUCGCGACAUUCCCCGUCAAACCGUAUCGCCUCCCUCCUGCUGCGGGGAAAUUCCACGUUGACCCAGACAUUGAGGGGGUUACGGGAGAAAAUACACUCGGAGAUGCUACAGCAGCGGAAAGAAGUCUAGCGCUUGCAACCGACGCCUCUGAACCAGUGGAAACGCCAGGCGCGCGAGAUAUUCACGAGUUAUUGGAUUACGGGGGGCUUAAAGCGAGCAAAGAGUGCACAGUGUGUUUGUGUGACUUUAACGAGGGGGAGCUGGUUCGGUCUCUGCCGCCCUGCGCGCAUCGGUUCCAUGUCAGCUGCAUCGACCACUGGCUCGCCGCCAGGACCACCUGCCCCGUGUGUCGCAUAGACCUCGAGACGCAGACGCCAGACGCGACUAUACAAAGCGUGACAGUAAAAGAGGUGGAGGGGAGCGAAGCAGUCUGAUCAAGUUGGGUUCGGCAGCGAAGCUUACUUUGCUCCCUCCCAGCCCAGGGGGGAGAGGAAUGACAGAAACGAAGCAGAUAUCGGUUCUAUUUUUGUGUCAGAUUCGAAAUCUGGGGGGUUGGUUUCGAUAACUUCGUUGAUCAGGCCACGGAACUGACUGCGGGAGAGAGUCCGACUCUAUGACAAACCCUAAUUUGUAUCGACAGUAAGCGCCAGAUGAAAGCGGGUGAAGCUGAUCGUAACCCUGUGCGACUGGAUUGUGCCACUAGCGAAGCGGUUGUUCAAUGUACUUGAAUUGCGGGUCUGCUCGGACCUACAAAGCUCCGGUGAAAACGCCGCAUGUGCCGCAAUUCGCGCUGGCGAUUAUCCCCUACAUGU